AUGCCGCAAUAUCUAGUCCGCCCUACUUCCUAUCCUCCAGAUCUCAAAUCCUCCACAAACAUAAUCAAGCUCAUCGACUACGGGCAAUCUUUCCAGCGCCACGACACACCCAAUGAUCACAACACUCCCCUCCCCGUCCGCGCUCCUGAGAUUAUCUUCAAAGACACAGUGGACUAUCGCAUGGACUUGUGGAGCAUGGGCUGCAUGCUUUUCGAGCUCGUCGUCGGCCAGCCAGUAUUCGACAGCAUCAUGAUCUCGCCUCCAAUGCUCGUGCGUCAGAUGCUGGAAACAGUCAACGAGGACUUACCAGAGCGCUGGCAGGAGAAAUGGCGCGUGAUGAACACUGAUCCGCCCGAUGAGGAGCCGGGCAUAUGUCUACAAGAUUGGCUGGAGGAGAUGUAUUUUGAUGGGGAGAGGAAGGAGGAGUUUAGUCGGGAAGACAUUGUACGCGUAGGUGCGCUCAUUCGAAGCAUGCUACGACUUGAACCUUCGAUGAGGGCGGAGGCGAGGGACGUCCUCAAAGACUCUUGGUUCGAUGAAGAGUAA